GGGCUUUUAAAGUAGUAUGUUUUGUUAGUUUAUUAUAUGUUUAAUUUUUUGUUUUAAUAAUUUUAGACUUCAUUUAACAUAACAAGUUAGUUAUAAACGAUGAAAAUAGAGCAUGAGCCGCUCCGUUAUGCUCAUGACGAGGGACACACGGAUGUCUGUUAUUCAGCUGAUGGCAAUCACUUUAUAACAUGUGGGGCUGACGGCGAUAUCCGAAUAUGGUCGGUCGACGAGGGAGAAGACCCAAACCACACUUGUAUCGGGGAAUGGGCCCUCAGUGUGAAACAGAAAAAUGAUAAAAUCUAUGUGGCGACAGGUAGUAAUGAAAUACAGAUUUUAACACAUCCAGAGGGAGAAAGGGAUGGGGUCCUUACCAGGGCCACUGAUCCCUUUAAUCAGAUUGUCCUGUGUAAAAAUAAAAAUAUUGCAGCUCUUGCUGGGGAAGGCAUGGAAAUCCUUGUAAUGGACUUAGAUACAUGCUGUAUAAAAAAUUCUUUUAAAGAUUUGGGAGCUCCCUGUCUAAGUGUGGCCCUAUGUCCCCAUGGGAAGAAAUUAGCUGCCUCAUUGGGGGAUGGGAACUUAAAAGUCUGGGAUGUUGACUCGGGGGAUUUGCUUAAAGAAAUAACUUGUUUUCCUAAAGUUAACAGUUUUGCUAAUGCCAAGAACUUAUGUCGCCUGGACUUUGAGCCAAAUAAUGGUACAUUUUUGGCUUAUCCAUUAAACAAUACUAUAAAACUUUUAAACACUGUUACUUGGAAUGAUGAGACUUUAAGCUGUGAAAAUAUAUCAGCUGAUUUUUCUAUUGUUCAAUAUUCCUCUUGUGGCAAAUAUCUUGCAGCGGCCACAGUUGAGGGGGAUUUUGUUAUAUGGGAAACAUGUUCCAAUAAAGUACUCAAAGUGUCAAAGCACGAGAGCUCCAAGGCAGUGUGUGGGCUCAUGUGGAAUCCAAAAGGAAAUGGCCAAAUUGUUUACACUGACAUAGAAGGACAACUGAGCAUUAUGUCCAACUGUUCUAGUAUAAGCAACAAAGCAAAGGAGGAUAAAACAUCAGAAACAGUUGAUGAUUUAGGUUUUACAGAGAAUGAAGUGGAUUUUGGAGAGUUCAUGGAUGAAACUGAAAAUGAGAAUGCUGACCGAGAUAAUGAGAUUAAUACAGAAGAGAUUUUUAAAGAUUUUGAUGAUGUACAGUCAAGUCCCCAUCCUAAGCUCUCCACUAAUGCUAGUGAAGCAGCCUCUUCUCGCUCAAGCACACCUAGACCGAGAACUCCAGAAGUGCCUUUACAACCACCAUUUAUGCCCACAUCAACCCCGGAUCAUUUAGAUCCAAGAUAUUUGUGCUGGAAUGAAGUGGGAAUCGUAAAAAGCUAUGGCACCAAUUCUGAGGAUGAACUAAGUUCUAAGACCAUAGAAGUAGAAUUUCAUGAUUCAACUUUUCAUAACAGUAUGAUGUUGCAAAACUUUCAAGAAUAUACCAUGGGAUCAAUUGGUAAAGGAGCAUUGGUUGUAGCCAAUUCUAGUCAAAUUAUGGUGAUACCCUUGGCAGUUAGUAACAAAGAGUGGACUCUAAAAGCCGAAGAAUACGAAGAUAUUCUUCUAGUGGCCGCGUCAGAAAAUAUAAUUUGUUUCGCCACAUCAAACUACUUAGUGCGAGUGUGCUCUAUAUUCGGUACCCAAAUAGGAAUCGUUUCUAUACCCGGACCUUUUGUCUCUAUCGCUGCCUUCAAGAAUGUUUUGCUAGUCGCUUACCAUUCCGGACCGGUUCGGAACGGCGAUCAAUGCAUUAAUAUCAAACUUUACAAGUUUGAUGGUUUUAGUAUGGAAAGCCACGACUUGGGUUCGGCCCUUGGUCCGGAAUCAACCCUUUAUUGGUUAGGAUUUUCGGAUCAGGGAACCCCCGCUAUGAUGGACUCCCUGGGCAUGUUAAGUUUGUUUCCUCCCAAGUGUAAUAGUUGGAUACCGUUUUGUGAUACCACCAAACAUCGUAAAGGCGCCGGUGAUAUGUUUUUCAUCACGGCCAUUUUCGAAUCGUACCAAGCGAUAGCGGGAAUAAAAUGCAAAGGAACCGUCUAUCCCGGUUUCAUUCCGAGGCCGACAGUAUGCGAGGUGCCAAUAGAGCCGCCGUUUGCCGAAAACGCCACCGAAAAAACCCAAAUGGAGGGCAGCCUGUUUACUUGGAGCAGCCUAAAUGUUUCCGAUACGGAACGGAAAUAUAAGGAGUCCGCUUUAAAACUCUUCGCGCUCGCGUGCAAAAACGAUUUGGACCAGAGAGCGUUUGAGUUUAUGCAGCUGAUCAAUCAUCAGCAAAUUUUAAGUUUAGGACUGAAAUACGCCUCGAAACUGAAAAAACGACGUUUAGCGGAGAAAUUAACGGAACUGGCCGAGCGGUUACAAGAGGAAGAUCAAGAUGAGGCGCCGACAAAAACGUUCCAUAGUACACCGGUGGUACCGGAAAUAAAAGAUGAAGAAGUUGUAGUGAAACCGAAAGCGGGCAUAUCAAGACUGACCCCUAGAAACAAAAAGCCCAAGAAGGAUUCUCAGAUGAUCGAUGAAACUCAAAUUAACGGCACCGGUGAAAACAAUAUAACAAAUACACAGGAGUCAUUGUUUUCCGAAUCAAAUAUAGAAGAACCUCCAAGAAACCCGUUCGUCAAAAAGCCUGAAGCGGAGAAUACUUUAUCCGGUACACCCAGUUCGGUAAAUCCAUUUUUAAAAAAAUCGAAAAGUAAUCAGCCGAGUCCUUUAAGUUUGACCGACAAAUAUGCGGGAGUCCACUACGAGCCCCCCGAGAAGAAUAAACAAAAAGGCAAUGAGGUGGGAGAGAAAAGAAAACUGUCCGACUCUGAUUCAGAAAAACCCACUGGUAAGCAGCGAAAAUUGGAAACGUUCUUCUCGAAAAUGCCUUAAGACGUGUAUAUUUCCCGUUGUUUUAUUUAUUUUUAUACAUUUAAGAUAUACAAGUACUGUUUUUGUUUUAUAGAAUAAUAUCUUUUAGAGAAAUAAAGAGAGUUAUUUUAAUUUAAA